AUGGCAACGGGGAAAUAUGAUACGGAACCUAUGCCACCACAAGACGACCCAUGGUACACAGCACCAUAUAACUAUGAAUACAAACAGCCAGGUACAAUUUUGCGCAUUCGUGCUGCACCUGGAAACUUGUCUAGUGUGAUGACCAACGCAACGGCCGCCUUCAACAUUCUCUACCGCACUAUAGAUAGUCGUUAUCUUCCGUCUUGGGCUGUUACUAUAUUAUUUAUCCCCAAACAUCUAAAGGAUGUGCUACUCUCUUAUCAGAUUCCAUACGACUCUGUUGACCUCACCUUCAGUCCAUCCUACCAGUUAUAUCAAGAUCCUCCAUCUGACAUCAGUCGUGCCCUCGGCCUCGGUUGGGACCAUUGGGCUCUUUUUACAGCUGGAGUCAUGUCUGGUCAUGCUACCCUUGAUUCUAUCCGAGCUGUGAAAGCCGCAGCAUUUGGCCUUACUACUAAUGCCAAAUACGCCAUGUGGGGAUACUCAGGCGGUGCCUUAGCAAGUGAAUGGGCUGCAGAACUCCAACUUCAGUAUGCACCAGAACUGAAAUUUAGUGGCGCUGCAUUGGGUGGCCUUACACCAAAUGUCACAUCUGUUAUGUUGGCAGUUUCAGGAAAGCCGGCUGCCGGAUUGAUCCCUCUGGCAAUGCUGGGCCUGACAAGUCAAUUUCCCGAGGCUGAGAGGUAUUUGCUUUCCAGACUCAAGAAGCAGGGUGCUUUCAAUAGGGACGGAUUUCUGAAAGCACGAAACUACUCCAGUGUGCAAGCUGUCGCUGCGUUUGCCAAUCAAGACAUAGCGGACUAUUUUAUUGGUGGCUUUUCGGAUAUCACGGCGCCGCCAAUUAAGUCUGUUACAACAAGUGACAGCCAGAUGGGAUACCAUGGUGUUCCCCAGAUGCCCCUGUAUGUCUACAAGGCGGUGCACGACGAAGUGAGCCCUACUGUUGAUACAGAUUCUUUGGUCAGCAAGUACUGCAAGAUCAAUGUGGCGACUACCUAUGUUCGAAACCCUCUGGGUGGGCAUUUUGAUGAAUGGACAGCAGGUGUGCCUGGAGCUAUGGACUUUCUCCAAGCUAUUUUAACAGGAACCUACUACAACACUGGGUGCAAGAUUAUGGAAAUUGCAUCAAGUUCUGGCUAA